CCCAAAAACCCCUAAAGCAAAAACACUCUCUCAGAGUCUCUGAGCUCGAAGGCAAAGGCAAUGGCGGAGAGAGGAGAAAUCUCUGUCAUAACACUAGGAGGCAAGGGCAUCUCUCUCUCCCCAUCCUCACUCUACGCCGUCGCCACCGGCCUCGCUCAGGUGCGCGCCGACUCAUCUGCGCUCGAUAGGCUUGCCUCCUCCUCCUCCAAUCAGCGCCCGCCAUCAGUCAAUCACGAAAUCACCCUCCCCAAAACCUUUACCAUAGUCGAAUCCCGCGCCUUCCUUACUGUGCUCCUCAACAAGCUCCUCCUCUCCGCUUCCCCAGGCAUUCGCACUGUCCUUCCGGUUCGAUUCUCCGAAGCACUGAAUUCCAGGUCUCAAGCCCUAGAAUUCGAACCCCUUGAUGUGACCCAAGAGGAGCUCUAUGUGCUGGAGAAAUCAUCCUCUGCUUUGUACGGCGUGUUCGCCAUUUUGGACCACGAAUCCGCGGCUUUAUCGGUAGUUUCCGACGCCGUCGCCGCCAUUUCGUGUGAGGCAGCGAGAGCCGACUUGGCGGCGUUCAAUUCGGUGGAUUCCGGAGAUGGGUUUUCGGCGAAGGAGGAGGUUGUGGUGGCCAGUGAUAUGAAGGUCUUGCUCAAUGGGUCGAAGUUGGUGGGUAAGGUUGAGAGUUUAUCGGUCUCAAAAAUCCCGAAACUUCACGGGUGCUUGAGGAAGAUAGCGAAGUUGGUUCAUACCGAGACGCGAAUCGGGUUGAAUUCGGGCGUGGCGGUGGCGAAUGCGGAAGGACCGUUGGUGCAUACCGUGUUGUCACCAUUGGCCUCGGCGCUGUACUACUUGGGGGAGUGUAGCUUGAACCGUGCUAAAUCGAAUUUGGAUUUGGUUGGCAGCGAUGAUUUGCGGUCGAGUUUGGGGAGUUUGUUUGAAAGGAAAUGCGUGAGUAGUGAGAGUUUUAGUAAUGCGUUUGAGUUGGUUUCGGAAUUGGGAUGCAAAAAGGAGUAUGAAAAGUUUGUGCACGAAGUGAAUGUGUUGUUGGGAAUGGUGUGGAAGAUUGUGGCGUGGGAGGCGAUAACGGGUUUCAUUGCGCUUGAGGGUGUGGAAUGGAAUGAGAAGAGUGAAAAGGGUGUUGAGGUGAAUGGAGGGAAUGUGAAGGUGGAGAGGAAGAGUGAGAAGAAGAAGAAGGUGGUGCUGGGGAAAGGGACUGGUGUGAUUGUGCAAUUGAUUAAGGAUAGGUUGCAGGGUAAGGGAGUGGGUGGGAUUGGGGGUUCAGGGUUAUUGGAGAUAUGGGUGGGAGAACUUUUGCUGUUUUUGCACCCGAAGGAUCGGGAAUUCGACGGUUUGUUGCAAAGGGUGAGGGAGAUUGUGGAAAGCAAUGAAAGUAGAAGACUGCCAAAGCUUCCCAAGGGUACUCGUGAUUUUUCGAAAGAACAAAUGACAAUAAGAAAGGGAGCUUUUUCACUUAUAGAGGGGGUUUUCGAGAAGCAUGGUGCUAUGGCCUUGGAUACUCCAGUUUUUGAAUUGAGAGAAACUCUCAUGGGAAAAUAUGGGGAAGAUUCAAAGUUGAUUUAUGAUCUUGCUGACCAGGGUGGAGAGCUUUGUUCUUUGCGAUAUGACUUAACUGUACCAUUUGCUAGGUAUGUGGCUAUGAAUGGUAUCACAUCAUUUAAAAGGUACCAGAUAGCUAAGGUUUACCGGAGGGACAACCCAUCUAAGGGAAGAUACCGUGAAUUUUAUCAGUGUGAUUUCGAUAUUGCUGGCCAACAUGUAAAAAUGGGGCCAGAUUUCGAGGUUGUUAAAAUUUUGGCAGAACUUCUUGAUAAACUGAACAUUGGAGAUUAUGAGAUAAAAUUAAAUCAUCGAAAGUUACUUGAUGGAAUGUUGGACAUAUGCGGAGUACCACCGGAAAAAUUCAGAACCAUAUGUUCAAGCAUUGACAAGUUAGAUAAGCAAUCUUUUGAGCAGAUAAAAAAAGAAAUGGUGGAGGAGAAAGGCUUAACUGUUGAGACAGCAGAUAAAAUUGGCACUUUUGUGAAGGAAAGGGGACCCCCUUUGGAAUUGUUAUCUAAACUUAAGCGAGAGGACAGCAAGUUCUUGGAACAUGAAGGAUCUGUCAAUGCACUGAAUGACCUGGACAUUUUAUUUAAAGCUCUUGACAAAUCAAAGUGUAUUGACAAAGUGGUUUUUGACUUGAGUCUUGCCAGAGGUCUUGAUUAUUAUACUGGAGUCAUAUUUGAGGCUAUUUUUAAAGGGGGUACACAGGUUGGUUCAAUUGCUGCUGGCGGACGAUAUGACAACCUUAUAGGUAUGUUUGGUACAAAGCAGGUUCCAGCAGUUGGUGUUAGUCUUGGAAUUGAGCGAGUAUUUGCUAUAAUGGAGCAGCUUCAUAAAGAUCACAGCCAGACGACACGAGCAACGAAGACGGAAGUCCUAGUUAGUAUAUUGGGGGAUGACCUGCCUCUAGCCGCAGAGGUGGUAAGUGAGCUGUGGGAUGCCGAAGUGAAUGCCGAAUAUCUUGUGAAUAAAAGAGUGAUGAAGCACAUUGAGCAUGCUAGAGAGUCGAGGAUCCCAUGGAUGGUUAUCAUGGGUGAGAGGGAACGGAGUGAAGGGAUUGUGAAAUUAAAAAACGUUGAGGCCGCUGAAGAAGAAGAAAUUCCUAUGAGUAGACUUGUUGAGGAACUUAAAAUACGAUUGAAACGAUGAAAAUAUAAUACUUGGCCAAGGCACAUCUACAAGCCAGAUUUCAGUUCUAACCAGGUAAACCAUUCUUCUGUAACACGCUUUUGAGAGUAUUGGCGAUUUUAUUCAUUAUAUUCUUGAUACUGGAGAAGUAUUGUGGAACAUGCACAUACAUAGUCCUGGAAUCACUUGCUUCCCUUAUAGGAUAACAUUGUUUAUUUUUAUUCAGCAUCUUGAAACUUGUAUU